GUGGUCAGUUGACGUCACGCGCUGGAGCGUCACGUGUUGCGGUGAGAAUCAGCUGAUCGGCAUCACUUCCUCAUUGGGAUUCGCGAUGUUUUGACGGAGUGCUUCUGCUAAUAACACUGGUGGAUCAUCCUUCAUGUAAAUAAAUACCGUCACAUCAAAGCUCUGGGCAUUUGGCUUCGGUCACAUUCUCUUAAUGAAUACCUCGGACAGUGAAGAGGACUCUUACAACGAGAGGUCCGCUCUGGUCCAGUCCGAAAGCCCAACCAUCCCCUCGUACAGCCAAGAUCAUGAUAUGUCCCUGCCCCAGGAAACAGACGCUAAACGACGACGGCCGGUCAGCUCAGGCUUGGACGAGCCCGUGCCAGUGGAGAGAGAGAGAGCGGCCACUCCUGACGGAGAGGAAGAGGAGCUGACCCUCAAAUACGGCGCUAAGCAUGUCAUCAUGCUCUUCAUCCCCGUCACGCUCUGCAUGGUGGUCGUCGUGGCAACAAUCAAGUCUGUCAGUUUCUACACGGAGAAAAGCGGACAGCGGCUCAUCUACACACCGUUCGAAGAGGAUCCGAACUCUGUUGGUCAGAGGCUCCUGAACUCGCUCCUCAACACCAUCGUCAUGAUCAGCGUCAUUGUCUUCAUGACCAUAAUACUGGUGGUGCUUUAUAAGUAUCGCUGCUAUAAAUUUAUUCAUGGCUGGCUGAUUCUGUCUUCACUGAUGUUGCUCUUCUGGUUCAGCUUCAUGUAUCUGGAGGAGGUGUUCAAGACAUAUAACAUCGCCAUGGACUACCCAACGUUAGUGAUGAUCAUCUGGAAUUUUGGCGUUGUGGGAAUGAUCUGCAUCCACUGGAAAGGACCGUUACGGCUGCAGCAGGCGUACCUCAUUGUCAUCAGCGCCCUCAUGGCUCUCAUCUUCAUCAAAUACCUGCCCGAAUGGUCGGCAUGGGUCAUACUGGGAGCCAUCUCCAUAUAUGAUCUGAUAGCGGUGCUGUGUCCAAAAGGCCCAUUGAGGAUGCUGGUUGAGACCGCUCAGGAAAGAAACGAGCCAAUUUUCCCUGCGCUCAUAUAUUCAUCUGCCAUGGUUUGGAUGGUUGGAAUGGCUGAUACUAGUAAUCCAGAUAGAGCUGACGAAAGGCAGCGUGGUGAGGGCGGAGCCCGGGCACAGGAAGGGGUGGAGUCAGAGGAUGAUGUCGCUCAGGGAGGGAGGCGGCGGUAUUCGGCAGAAGAGGACCUUGAGGAAGACCGAGGGGUGAAGCUGGGUCUCGGAGACUUCAUCUUCUACAGUGUCCUGGUGGGAAAGGCGGCGGCCACCGGAGGAGACUGGAACACCACGCUGGCCUGUUUCGUGGCCAUUCUCAUUGGACUGUGUCUGACGCUCCUCCUGCUGGCCAUUUUCAAGAAGGCUCUGCCGGCUCUUCCCAUCUCCAUAACCUUCGGCCUGGUGUUCUACUUCUCCACAGACAAUCUGGUUCGCCCUUUCAUGGACAGCCUGGCAGCCCACCAGUACUACAUCUGACAGAAACCCUUCCGACACGUGAAGGACUUCAUGAUGAGAUUCAAAUGUUUUUAGUUCUUAUCAUUCUAAGCUGGUUUCUGAUAUUUCUGAGGCGCUCUCGGUGAGUGAGUGAACGUGUGAAAUGCAUCAAACAAGCAAACCAAUAUCAGUUUGAGUUGUCAUGCAUCUUUGCAUUGGCUUUUUGGUUUUUAUCGAGCAGCUACACAGUAGCUCUUUGAAAUAGUUUUACUAAUUUUUUGUACUUACUGACAAGAUAAAUGACUUAGGAGUGUGACCAGCAUCCAGACAGGUGUCUUUUUAAUCUCAAAUAAUGACUCAUAAACAGAAGAACAGAAUGCAGCUAGAUUCAGCCCUAAGACAGAUUACUGUAUAUGUGGCCCACAUGCAGCUGAUGUUCUGUUUGCAGUGGUUACAGCAUAAUAAACUAAUGACACAAAUAGA